CGGCCCCGGCCCCGGCCCCGGCCCCCUCCCGCCGCACCGCCCCCGGCCCGGCCCUCCGCCCUCCGCCCUCCGCCCCCCUCCCUCCGCCCGCUCGGCGCCCUCCUCCCUCCCGCCUCCCCAGCUGUCCCGUUCGCGUCAUGCCGAGCCUCCCGGCCCCGCCGGCCCCGCUGCUGCUCCUCGGGCUGCUGCUGCUCGGCUCCCGGCCCGCCCGCGGCGCCGGCCCUGAUCCCCCCGCGCUGCCCAUCCGUUCCGAGAAGGAACCGCUGCCCGUUCGGGGAGCGGCAGGCUGCUCCUUCGGCGGGAAGGUCUAUGCCUUGGACGAGACGUGGCACCCGGACCUGGGGGAACCCUUCGGGGUGAUGCGCUGCGUGCUGUGCGCCUGCGAGGCGCCUCAGUGGGGUCGCCGUACCAGGGGCCCUGGCAGGGUCAGCUGCAAGAACAUCAAACCAGAAUGCCCGACUCUGGCCUGUGGGCAGCCGCGCCAGCUGCCGGGACACUGCUGCCAGACCUGCCCCCAGGAGCGCAGCAGUUCGGAGCCGCAGCCCAGCGGCCUGUCCUUCGAGUAUCCGAGGGACCCGGAGCAUCGCAGUUACAGCGACCACGGAGAGCCAGGCACUGAGGAGCGGGCCCGUGGUGACGGCCACACGGACUUCGUGGCGCUGCUGACAGGGCCAAGGUCGCAGGCGGUAGCACGAGCCCGAGUCUCGCUGCUGCGCUCUAGCCUCCGCUUCUCCAUCUCCUACAGGCGGCUGGACCGCCCCACCAGGGUCCGCUUCUCAGAUUCCAAUGGCAGUGUCCUGUUUGAGCACCCUGCAGCCCCCACCCAAGAUGGCCUGGUCUGUGGAGUGUGGCGGGCAGUGCCUCGCUUGUCUCUGCGGCUCCUUAGGGCGGAACAGCUACAUGUGGCACUUGUGACACUCACUCACCCUUCGGGGGAGGUCUGGGGGCCUCUCCUCCGGCACCGAGCUCUGGCUGCAGAGACCUUCAGUGCCAUCCUCACACUAGAAGGCCCCCCACAGCAGGACGUAGGGGGCAUCGCUCUGCUCACUCUCAGUGAUACAGAGGACUCCUUGCAUUUUUUGCUGCUUUUCCGAGGGCUGCUGGAACCCAGGAGUGGGGGACGAACCCAGGUUCCCUUGAGGCUCCAGAUUCUACACCAGGGGCAACUACUGCGAGAGCUUCAGGCCAAUGUCUCAGCCCAGGAACCAGGCUUUGCUGAGGUACUGCCCACCCUGACAGUCCAGGAAAUGGACUGGCUGGUGCUGGGGGAGCUGCAGAUGGCCCUGGAGAGGGCAGGCAGGUCAGGGCUGCGCAUCAGCGGACACAUUGCUGCCAGGAAGAGCUGUGACGCCCUGCAAAGUGUCCUUUGUGGGGCUGAUGCCCUGAUCCCAGUCCAGACGGGUGCUGCCGGCUCAGCCAGCCUCGCGCUGCUAGGAAAUGGCUCCCUGAUCUACCAGGUGCAAGUGGUAGGGACAAGCAGUGAGGUGGUGGCCAUCACACUGGAGACCAAGCCGCAGCGGAGGAAUCAGCGCACUGUGCUGUGCCACAUGGCUGCACUCCAGGCAGGAGGACACACGGCUGUGGGUAUCUGCCCUGGACUGGGUGCCCGAGGGGCUCAUAUGCUGCUGCAAAACGAGCUCUUCCUGAACGUGGGCACCAAGGACUUCCCGGACGGAGAGCUUCGGGGGCAUGUGGCUGCCCUGCCCUACAGUGGGCAUACCGCCCGCCAGGAUAUGGUGCCUGUGCCCCUAGCAGGAGCCCUGGUGCUACCUCCUGUGAAGAGCCAGGCAGCAGGGCACGCCUGGCUCUCCCUGGAUACCCACUGUCACCUGCACUAUGCAGUGCUGCUGGCUGGACUUGGUGGCUCAGAACAGGGCACUGUCACUGCCCACCUCCUUGGGCCUCCUGGAACACCAGGGCCCCGGCGGCUGCUGAAGGGAUUCUACGGCCCAGAGGCCCAGGGUGUGGUGAAGGACCUGGAGCCAGAGCUGCUGCGGCACUUGGCACAAGGCACGGCCUCCCUACUGAUCACCACCAAGGGCAGCCCCAGAGGGGAGCUCCAAGGGCAGGUGCACAUUGCCAACCAAUGUGAGGUGGGCGGCCUGCGCUUGGAGGCAGCUGUGGAGGCGACCAGGGCUGACGGGGUGUGGGCACUGGGGGCUCCAGAUACAGCUGCUGCUGCACUGCCCGGGGUGCCUGGUCCCCCAGCCCUAGCGCCUGCCAAAUCUGGUGGUCCUGGGCGUCCCCGAGACCCCAACACAUGCUUCUUCGAGGGGCAGCAGCGCCCCCACGGGGCUCACUGGGCACCCAACUAUGACCCGCUCUGCUCACUCUGCACCUGCCAGAGACGAACAGUGAUCUGUGACCCGGUGGUGUGUCCUCCGCCCAGCUGCCCGUACCCGGUGCAGGCUCCCGACCGCUGCUGCCCUGUGUGCCCUGAGAAACAAGAUGUUGGAGACCUGCCAGGGCUGCCGAGGAGCCGGGACCCAGGAGAGGGCUGCUAUUUUGAUGGUGACCGGAGCUGGCGGGCAGCGGGUACGCGGUGGCACCCCGUUGUGCCCCCCUUUGGCUUAAUUAAGUGUGCUGUCUGCACCUGCAAGGGGGACACUGGAGAGGUGCACUGUGAGAAGGUGCAGUGUCCCCGGCUGGCCUGUGCCCAGCCUGUCCGUGUCAACCCCACCGACUGCUGCAAACAGUGUCCAGUGGGGUCAGGGGCCCACCUUCAGCUGGGGGACCCCAUGCAGGCUGAUGGGCCCCGGGGCUGCCGUUUUGCUGGGCAGUGGUUCCCAGAGAGCCAGAGCUGGCACCCCUCAGUGCCCCCUUUUGGAGAGAUGAGCUGUAUCACCUGCAGAUGUGGGGCAGGGGUGCCUCACUGUGAGCGGGAUGACUGUUCACUGCCAGUGUCCUGCGGCUCGGGGAAGGAGAGUCGAUGCUGUUCCCACUGCACGGCCCUCCAGCAGCCAGCCCCAGAGACCAGGACUGUUCCAGAGCUGGAGAAAGAAGAUGAAGGCUCUUAGGGAGCAGCCGGAAGGCCACAUGACCAAGAGGAUGGGGCCUGAGCUGGGGAAGGGGUGGCGUUGAGGACCUUCUUGCAUUCUCCCGUGGGAAGCCCAGUGCCUUUGCUCCUCUGUGCUGCCUCUUCUCCUACACCCACUACCUCUGGGAACCACAGCUCCACAAGGGGGAGAGGCAGCUGGGCCAGACGGAGGCCCCGGCCACUCCAGCUCCUGCCCUGCCACCCUCGGCCUCUGUCCUGGAAGCCCCACCCCUUUCCUUCUGUACAUAAUAAUGUCACUGGCUUGUUGGGAUUUUUAAUUUAUCCUCACUCAGCACCAAGGGCCCCUGACACUCCACUCCUGCUGCCCCUGAGCUGAGCAGAGUCAUUAUUGGAGAGUUUUGUAUUUAUUAAAAUGUUUCUUUUUUCAGUC